UUUAUUGCUCAUAAGUCUAGUUAAAAACAAAAAAAAAUGAGCCAACAAGAAAGUCAUGCAUUAUCUGUCGAGAGCGGCGGCAUUUCGAAAAUGAAGCAGAAAGAUAACAAUGAAGAAGAAAUUAGGAAAAGGCCUCAUCAGAAAGUUUCAUUGUUGAAGCUUUUCUCUUUUGCUGAUUCCUAUGAUUACUUGUUGAUGUUUCUUGGAUCUAUUGGUGCUUGUAUACAUGGUGCUUCUGUACCUGUUUUCUUCAUUUUCUUUGGCAAGAUGAUUAAUAUUGCUGGUCUAGCUUACCUUUUUCCUGCUCAAACUUCUCACAAAGUUGCCAAGUAUUCAUUGGAUUUUGUAUACCUAAGCGUGGUGAUAUUAUUUGCAUCAUGGAUAGAGGUGGCUUGUUGGAUGCACACUGGAGAAAGGCAAGCAGCAAAGAUAAGAAUGGCAUACUUGAAGUCUAUGUUAAAUCAAGAUAUAAGUCUCUUUGACACUGAAGCUUCCACUGGAGAAGUCAUUUCUGCAAUUACCAGUGAUAUUAUUAUUGUUCAGGAUGCUAUUUCUGAAAAGGCAGGGAAUUUCAUGCACUAUAUCAGCCGUUUCUUAGCUGGUUUUACAAUUGGGUUCAUAAGAGUAUGGCAAAUCAGUUUGGUGACGCUUUCAAUUGUGCCUUUCAUCGCUCUUGCUGGUGGUAUUUAUGCCUAUGUUACCAUUGGUCUCAUUGCUCGAGUCCGCAAAUCCUAUAUUAAAGCUGGAGAGAUUGCUGAAGAGGUUGUAGCUAAUAUUAGAACAGUGCAAGCAUUUACUGGAGAAGAGAAGGCGGUAAAAUCAUAUAAAGGUGCCUUGUUUAACACUUAUAAGUAUGGGAAGAAAGCUGGAUUGGCCAAGGGCUUGGGUUUGGGCACCUUGCAUUGUGUCCUUUUCCUUUCUUGGUCAUUGCUUGUGUGGUUUACUAGCAUUGUUGUGCACAAGAAUAUUGCAAAUGGAGGAGAUUCUUUCACGACCAUGCUCAAUGUUGUCAUUGCUGGCCUGUCACUGGGGCAGGCAGCACCAGAUAUUACAGCAUUCCUCAGGGCUAAGUCAGUUGCCUAUCCUAUUUUUAAGAUGAUUGAACGAGAUACUAUCAGUAAAACCAGCUCCAAGAGUGGUCAACAGCUGAGCAAAGUAGAUGGAUACAUACAAUUUAAAGAUGUAUGUUUUAGUUAUCCAUCUCGUCCCGAUGUGGUGAUCUUUGACAAGCUCUCUCUUAAUAUUCCCUCGGGGAAGAUUGUAGCUCUUGUGGGAGGAAGUGGAUCAGGGAAAAGUACAGUUAUAUCUUUGAUUGAACGCUUCUAUGAACCGCUCUCGGGACAGAUAUUAUUGGAUGGAUGUGAUAUUAGGCACCUGGACUUGAAGUGGCUGAGGCAGCAAAUAGGGCUGGUAAAUCAAGAACCCUCUCUUUUCGCUACAACCAUUAGGGAAAACAUUCUCUAUGGAAAAAGUGAUGCUAGCCUAGAAGAUAUUGCACGUGCAGCCAAACUUUCCGAGGCAAUGACUUUCAUCAACAACCUCCCCGAUAGGUUCGAAACUCAGGUUGGUGAAAGAGGGGUUCAGUUAUCUGGGGGGCAGAAGCAAAGAAUUGCAAUUUCUCGUGCUAUAGUGAAGAAUCCAUCAAUUCUUCUAUUAGAUGAAGCUACGAGUGCACUUGAUGCUGAGUCAGAAAAAAGUGUACAAGAUGCUCUUGAUCGUGUGAUGUUGGGAAGAACAACUGUAAUUGUUGCUCAUCGCCUUUCUACCAUUAGAAAUGCUGAUAUCAUAGCGGUUGUAAACAAUGGCAAGAUAGUAGAAACUGGAAGUCAUGAAGAGCUUAUUUCGAAACCAAAUGGUGCCUAUGCAUCACUUGUUCAACUUCAACAAGCAGCUUCUUCACAUCUCCAUCCUUCUCAAGAGCCAACCAUGGGACGACCGCAUAGCAUAAGGUAUUCCCGUGAAUUAUCCCGAUCGACAACUCGAAGCCGUGGAGCUAGCUUUCGUUCUGAAAAAUCUGUUAGCGGUAUUGGUGCUGGUGGUGUAGAGGAUGUUAACUCACCAAAUAUUUCCGCAAGGAGAUUGUAUUCAAUGAUUCGUCCUGAAUGGCAUUAUGGAGUUAUUGGAACUAUCUGUGCAUUUAUUGCUGGAGCCCAGAUGCCUCUCUUUGCCUUAGGGGUGUCACAGGCCCUUGUGUCUUACUACAUGGAUUGGGACACAACACGUCACGAAGUGAAGAAGAUUUGUUUCCUGUUUUGUGUCGGUGCAGUAUUAACCGUCAUCGUUCAUGCCAUUGCACAUACUUGCUUUGGAAUCAUAGGAGAGCGGCUUACUCUUCGCGUGAGAGAAAUGAUGUUCUCUGCUAUGCUAAGAAAUGAGAUAGGAUGGUUUGAUGAGAUGAACAACUCAAGUUCUACACUUGCAUCACGAUUGGAAAGUGAUGCUACUCUAUUGCGAACUGUAGUGGUUGAUCGCUCUACUAUUCUCCUACAGAAUGUGGGUUUGGUGGCCACUUCCUUCAUCAUUGCAUUCAUCUUGAAUUGGAGGCUCACCCUUAUAGUCAUGGCUAUGUACCCACUUAUCGUUAGUGGUCACAUCAGCGAGAAACUCUUUAUGUCAGGCUUUGGUGGUGACUUGAGCAAAGCCUAUCUCAGAGCAAACAUGUUUGCCGGUGAGGCUGUAAGUAACAUCAGAACUGUUGCAGCAUUCUGUGCUGAGGAGAAGGUAACUGAUCUCUAUUCCCGUGAACUUGUUGAACCUGCAAAGCGUUCAUUUAGGAGGGGACAGACUGCCGGUAUCUUGUAUGGCAUCUCUCAGUUUUUCAUCUUCUCCUCUUACGCCCUUGCCUUAUGGUAUGGUUCCGUUUUGAUGGGGAAGGAGCUAACCAGCUUCAAAGCUGUUAUGAAAUCGUUUAUGGUUUUGAUUGUAACUGCUUUGGCUAUGGGAGAGACCCUUGCUAUGGCACCAGAUCUUAUAAAAGGAAACCAGAUGGUAGCAUCAGUAUUUGAAGUGCUUGAUCGGAAGACAGAAAUUUUAACCAACACUGGAGAGGAGGUAACUGGGGUUGAGGGAACAAUUGAGUUUAAGGAUGUUGAGUUCUGCUAUCCUGCAAGACCCCAUGUUCACAUUUUCAAACACUUCAAUAUGAGAGUGCAUGCAGGAAAGAGUAUGGCGAUAGUAGGGCAGAGUGGUUCUGGUAAAAGCUCAGUAUUGGCUCUCAUUUUACGGUUCUAUGAUCCAAUAUCUGGGAAAGUGAUCAUUGAUGGCAAAGAUAUCAAGAAACUAAAGCUCAACUCUCUAAGAAAGCACAUUGGCCUGGUCCAACAGGAACCAGCACUCUUUGCCACGACAAUCUAUGAAAACAUCCUUUAUGGAAAAGAGGGAGCAUCUGAGGCAGAAGUGAUUCAAGCAGCUAAGCUUGCUAAUGCACAUAGUUUCAUUAGUGCUCUUCCUGAUGGCUACUCUACCCAAGUUGGGGAGCGAGGAGUUCAAUUGUCCGGUGGACAGAAGCAAAGAGUAGCCAUUGCCCGAGCUGUUCUUAAGAACCCUGAAAUCUUGCUAUUAGAUGAAGCUACAAGUGCUCUAGACGUGGAAUCUGAGCGUAUAGUUCAACAAGCGUUGGACAGGUUGAUGCAAAACAGGACUACGGUCAUCGUGGCACAUCGACUAUCCACCAUAAAAAAUGCAGAUCAGAUAUCUGUUUUACAAGAUGGGAAAAUCGUGGAUCAAGGGACUCACUCUGCAUUGGUAGAGAACAGAGAUGGAGCAUACUAUAAGCUAAUCAACUUACAGCAUCAGCAGCAACAGUAGUAGCACACCAACAUACUUGGAGAUAUUUUUCUCAUACAAACAGUCAAAUGUGUAAAAUUCUUUUCCCCUCUUUAUACUUAAAUAUAAUUGCAAUAAUAUCCUUUGUAUUUAGAGUUGUAUAGGCUAUUUUUAACUGUUCUUUCCCUGGAAUAUGUUUUCCAUUGUUAUUGAAGGCUUCACUAGUAGGAUGGAGUCGAAAAACUUCAAGGCUCGAAAAUGUAAAAUUGGUUAAACACUUUCCCCAAAAAUAAAAGGGCAAGUUACUCA